AUGGGUGUGAAGUCAGUUCUUGGCGACCUGCAAAUCGUCGUCGAACGCCAUUCAGAUGUGCUUCGGAAUAACGCGCUUCCAUUCCGAUUUCUCGUAGUUCUUCGAAUAAUUGGAUUCAUCAUCUCAUAUCUUCACUUUGCUCGACUACUCUUAUGGCUUCAUCCGUACCAAUUGGCUUCAAUUGAGCUGUGGCGCAUCGCUACCAGUGCGUUCUGUGGUCAUAAUCUAAUUGAUGUUCUUUGGACUGUUUGGUGUCUCCAUUUUGGCACGAACCUUGUUCGUCUCAAUAAUACGAAUGAGUCUCUUUUAAAACUUUAUGCAAUAACUCAAGGAAUCACCACUCUUGCUAUUGUGGUUUUCGCAUAUCUCACCUACAUCUUCUUCGAUUCAAUUAAGUUUUUCUAUAUUGAGCCACUCGUCGGUAUGACUCCAGUCUGUAGCGCAGUUAUGGUUCUCAUGAAACAGUUUUUGCCUGACACCAUCGUACUAGCCACCCCCUUCGGGCGUAUCAAAUAUGCCCAUCUCCCAUUCUUCUCAGUCUGCGUUUCAUUCAUUUUGGCUCUCACCAAGUUUAUUUAUUUCGUUUCUUUCCUUCAAAUUGCCAUUGGAGUUCAAGUUGCUUGGACCUAUCUACGUUUCUAUAAAUCUCAUGAAACCGAUGAAAUCUAUGGAGAUGGCAGCGAACAUUUCACAUGGGCCAGUCUUUUCCCGUCUCGAACUCAAUUAUUCUUCACACUCAUUGGAAAAGUUUGUUUCCGCACACUUGCCAGAAUGGGCGUGUGCAAACGGCAAGUUCGUCAUGUGGAUUUAAAUUCCUUGCAAUCGGUGGCUGUAGGAAUCAAUUUGCCGGCAUUGGAAAAUUCGGCAAAGGAUUCAGAGAGAAGAAGGCAAAAAGCUUUGAAAGAACUCAAUGAACGAUUGAACAAAACUCGAACCGCUGAAGUUGCAAAUUAUGGAAACUGGGACGAAGAUGAGAACGACGAACCAAGUUCAGUUACUGUAGUUUCUCCCCAAUCUUCAAAUGUACAUUCUUCUCGAGUCGCCACUGAACCUGAAAAAGAGUCAAUGGCGUAA